CCCUUAUAUAAACGACCCCCUCCCAAACUACAAUUCAUCACUCUCAAGUUUCAUCCACCAAAAUUCAAAUUUCAAAAAUCCCUCCGAAAAGAAUCCACCAAAGUUAUGGGCGGAAAGACUACGGCAGGGAAGACCAUCAGCGGCCGUGGAGUGGCUAAAUCAAAGUCGGUCACCAGAUCUUCGAAGGCCGGCCUCCAGUUUCCCGUCGGUCGGAUUGCUCGUUUUCUCAAGAAAGGUCGCUACGCUCAGCGCGUCGGAUCUGGAUCUCCCGUCUAUCUCUCCGCGGUCCUUGAAUACCUUGCUGCUGAGGUUUUGGAGCUUGCUGGAAAUGCGGCGAGGGACAAUAAGAAGACAAGGAUCGUUCCAAGGCAUAUUCAGUUGGCUGUACGGAACGAUGAGGAGCUGGGGAAGCUUUUGGGGUCUGUGACGAUUGCUAACGGUGGCGUUUUGCCCAACAUUCACCGCACUCUGCUGCCGAAGAAGGCUGGUGAAGGCAAAGGAAAGGGAGAAAUUGGGUCCGCGUCUCAAGAGUUCUAGGGCUAGAUGCUGUUAUCUUAUGAAAUGGUUGUAGUUUGUUUUUGUUUAUAGCAUUUGUCCAUUUGCAGAAAAGUGGACCUUUUGUUGAUAUAGAUUAGAUUAUCUUGGGCUUAUGUAUUGCGAUUUAACAGUGUGAAAUCCUUUUGAUUUUAUGAAAAGAUAUUAGUUUCUGCUUC